CUGGUUCGCCAGUAAAAUUAUGACCGCAGACUGAAAAAAAUGGCGGCAUCAUCUCAUCUCUUCUUCGCACUCCCUUCGACGCGUCUCCAUACACCUUCUCCAGCUACAUCUAACCGGAACCGAGUUCGUGUUCUUGCGAAAUCAUGCCCGGAGAAUCAGAGCCUCGAUUCGCACGAUUCAGAUUCUUCCUCGGAGACUGCCAGCAAAACUCAGGGGGAUCAGAAACCGGUGUCACGGAGACAGUGGAUGACGGCAUGUGUGUGCGGAUCCGCAGCUUUAAUUAGCAAUGCUUAUACCUUUGUCUCUGUGGAAAAGGCAGCCGCUUUAGACAAGAAACCAGGAGGUUCAUGCCGUAACUGUCAGGGCAGUGGUGCUGUUCUUUGUGAUAUGUGUGGUGGUACAGGAAAAUGGAAAGCUCUCAACCGAAAACGUGCCAAAGAUGUAUAUGAGUUUACGGAAUGUCCAAAUUGUUACGGUCGAGGUAAGCUUGUGUGUCCGGUCUGUUUGGGUACAGGUUUACCAAACAACAAAGGCCUUCUUAGAAGGCCUGGUGCUCGUGAGCUACUCGAAAAGAUGUACAAUGGUCGGCUUCUUCCCGAUUCAUGAGCCAGAUCCUUACUGCAAAUCUGCUUUCAAACGCAGAGCCAAUAGAUAUGAUUAUAGAAGCGGAAGAAAACUUGCACAUUGAGGACGCAUGGAAAGUAUAGAAGAAUGUGAAGAAUUCAACAUGUUUUUUGUAAGCGUUACUAGGUCUAUGUUGUAAAUUCUAUAAACCUAAGCUUUCCUUCUUCCGCAGACCCUAAUCACCAACAUGAACCAUAAACGAGUCCCCAAGCUGUAUCCUUAACUAUGAGCCGCAGAUGCCUUUGCAGAAAAAUGUGACAACCCACAGUUAUAGACA